UGGCAAUGCCGUAAAAUGAAACGAGUUUUAUUUUACCUCGCCAAAAUGGCUGACGCGUCGUCGUCGGUGCGCGUGAAAAAAAUACCCGAUAAUUUAUAUGAGGUGUGCUUAACUAAUUUAGUGAACUUUUUGCAGAAAUGUAAGUGCGAACGGAAUGAUUUGCGAUAUUUACCGGACAGCAUCCUUAUGGAUGUUUAUUACAAGAUGUUGCAGGAGAAGCGUCUCUGUAUCCUGGGCGCAGAACUAUCAGAGCUGGACAUCUUUGAGAGGCUGCUGCGCUUUUCGGGAGCACAGCUGAGACUGCUGCAAUGCUUUCAGGCGGUGAUAGAGCACGGCUCGAAGCUGUCCGCGGAGCUGGCCUGCGGCUACCUCGCCAGGUGCGACGCCAGCACGGACUCAAACAACACACUCAUACAACUGGGACUACGGCUGGGUGGUUUCCUGAACGAGGCCGGCUGGUACGCGGACGCUCAGAGGGUCCUCGUACGAUGUCGGGACCUCUGCCAGGCCCAGCCGCAGACGAUACAUUACAAACGAUUGACCCUAGAAUGCUGUCACAGACUUCUGAACACCCAGUCGGCGUACUGCUGUUUAGCGGCCGCUGCGGAGACGUACGAGCUGGCCCUCCAGCUGCUGGGCCUGCCGGGAGACGCCGCCCUCCGCCUCACCGACAGGCCCAUGCAGGUCGCCGGGGAGUGGUUCGCCAGUAUGCUGCAGGACUACGAGGAAGACAGUGAGCUGAGUGCGAGCUGCGGCUCGUGGAAGGCGUCGUCGCUGCUCGCUCGCCUGUGCAAGGAGUUCAGCGCUCUGUUCUUCUUCCGCUGCGACUACAGCGCCGCCCACGCCUGGAGCCUGGCCGCGCUCAGCCUCCUCACCCCGCACACGCCCGCCAAGAUAACGGUGGAGGUGGUGCGCGCGUGCGGCAAGGCGUGUGUGGUGAAGCGGCGGUUCAAGGCGGCGGGUCUGCUGGUGAGGCAGGGCGUGUCCCUGGCGAGGGCGGCCUUCGGCACCCACCACCCGCGGUACGCCGCCGCCCUACUCGACUACGGCUUCUACCUCCUCAACGUGGACUCCAUCACUCACAGCGUGGCCGUGUACGAGGAGGCGCUGGGUACCCUCCGACGCGUGUUCGGUCGCAGCAGCCUUCACGUGGCCACGGCCCAGGAGGACCUCGCCUACGCCCUGUACGUGCUGGAGUACUCCUCGGGGAGGUUCUACAAAGCCAGAGACCACGCGGAGAGGGCUAUAAGGAUUAUUGAAAACCUCGUGCCUCCUGACCACUUGCUGCUCGCGUCUGCGAAACGCGUUAAGGCACUCAUUUUAGAAGAAAUCGCCCUGGACACACCCGCGGGGCAAGACAUGAGAGAGCCGAGUCUUCUAGAGGAGUCCGAGGCGCUCCAUAAAGCGGCGCUCGAGCUGAGCAUGAUGGCGUUCGGAGAGAAGAACGUUCAGACGGCCAAACACUACGGAAACCUCGGCAGACUGUACCAGAGCAUGCAGAAGUUUAAGGACGCAGAAACCAUGCACCUCAAGGCCAUAGCGAUAAAAGAGGAACUUCUCGGGGCCGAGGACUACGAGGUCGGCCUGAGUGUGGGACACCUCGCCUCGCUCUACAACUACCACAUGAACAUGCAUCGCGCGGCUGAGAAACUAUACCUCAGAUCUAUAUCUAUUAGUUUAAAACUGUUCGGCGAGCGGUACUCGGGGCUGGAGUACGACUACCGCGGGCUGGUGCACGUGUUCACUCAGCUCAAGAGGCACGAACGCGCUCACCACUACAACGCUCUGUUACAGCACUGGCACGAUCUCCGCGAGCAGUCCAAGGCGGAGCAGCAGCCGGCGCUGGGAGACGAGCAGGUGAUGCCGCUGGAACAGCUGCAGGCGCACUUCUUCAACAACAACGACUGAACCCCUCGUGACCCGCUGGCGAGAUCUGUCGACUACUGCCAUGAUGUAGCUUCGCUUGCGACUCUGUUAGAGUUAAUGUUGUGGCAACACUGACGGCUCUGUCUGAGUUAACGAUAUUCCAUUGGAUCUUUUCGUUCGAUGCUUCAAAGACAGCGUCCGUCUAGGAUUGUUUUAUGAGACUUGUCUCGGUCACGAAACGUCUUUGAAUGUGAUAAAUUUUCUGUAAAAAAAUAUUAAGUAAACUCGACAGAUCUACCGAUAGAGCUUUUAUGUUCCUCACGUGUAAGUAAUGUUUUUUAUAUAUAUAUAAACUUGUAUAAAUCUUAGUUUAUGAUUUAUCGCUUUAAGAAAAUUAUUUUUAGUAUAUAUUUUGACGUGCAAUGACGGCAGCAUGUGUAAAUAUUGAUUUGUUAACGCCAGUGUUGCCAGGUUUUAAUCUUCGCUCGUGUAUAAAGCGUCGGAUGUCUCACGAUAAGCUAGGCGGUACUUAACAAUAUAUCGGACGGGUGACGGCUGUACAUAGAAGCGCGCCGGGCACCGUUUUGGCAAUACUAUAUAUCGGUAACUUUAAAAAUGCUUAUAAUAAGAUAAAAAUCUCAAAGAUUUAGAUAAUGCCGGGAAUGUAAGCGUUCCUUAUUUAGAUGAAUACGCGCAGUCGAUGAGUAUUUUAUUAAAUUUUAUAUUCAAAGUGUAGGCAAUUUGUAAUUGUUCGAUAGUCUGUAGCGUUACUGGUAUAGAGAUGAAUAUGAAUUGUCUAUGUUUGUGUAUUGUCUAUGGCUGUACAGAUGAUGGAUGGCAGAGUUGUGGAGCAAAUAAAUAAGUUUUAUGAUGA